AUGGCGACCGCCUACGAGUCCAACAGCUGCAAUGUGUCGCCGCGGACGACGAGCACGACACCCAAAGCCAAAGUCGUUACAUUUGUUCUCCACGAAGCCCGUAUACCGCUCCGAGUCGCAAUCUACCCGCACGAUGCGACCGAAUCCAUCAUUACCACUGUCAAGAAUUUUUACGGUUUAUACUACAAGGAGCGCGCGGGAAUCAGCUUCGAGGACGAGCGAGGAAACACCAUGAUUGCCCGAUACGAAAACUUUGUCGACCACCAGUCCGUCAACGUCCGCAUCAUUGAGAACCCCCGCGGGCUAUCACCGAGCUACAACAAUGCCGAUGGCUACCACGGAGACGAAGAGAACGACCACUACGCCUCCAGACCCACACUGCGAACAUCUCGUUUCCGCAGCCCCUCUCCCAAUGGUGGCCGAGGGCGCCGCAGCACUUCAACUGCCAUUGCCGGAAAGAAAGGGCGAUCGCGGUCUUCCAAGACCACGCAUGGUGACCACGGCGACAGCGUCAAUGGCUACAGCAGUGGAGAUGGUGCAUCGGGGUCGGUGUCAGGAAAGAACAAGGAGCCUAUCGGAAACACCGACAUCAGUGUGGAAAACAUCGUCGAAGGGGGACGGCGGAAGCGCGCCAAAUUGUUCGAGAGUUCGGAAUUGCCGCUUUUUGCUCCCCCACAGAUGCCAGCGGCCGCUUCCAACCAUUCAUUCUCCCCUAUCAGACACAGUGACUCCCACCGAUACCCUCCUCCUUUCAGUAAUGCCACUCAAAACCCCUUCAGCAAUCCCCGGCCUCUACAAACUCCGCCGAACUACCACAAUCACUACGCGGCUUCUAGUACGUAUGCGACGCCGGCCAUUGACGACCGUCGCGCCCGUGGAAGCAUCAGCUAUGAUGGCUCGGGUGUUGCCACCGGGGCAAGGACAAUACUCACACCCGACCCCACUGUGAGAAGCUGUGUGUCUGAGGAGGACAAAGACAUUAAAGACGUCGCCAUGCAGCUCAUGCAGUUGCAAGGAGGUUGGAACCCAAAUGGCCGAUCUUCAGGCUCAACGCUGGAUGAUACGUUCAGUGGUAGGGCAGAUGCUUCUUGCUCCACCGGUACGACGAGUGAUUGUGAGAGUGAAAGCGAGGACGAGAUGCCGCUUGCCCAUACGAAGGCGGACGCGUUCAGGGAUCAGAGUGUCUUCCAGACAACGGAGAGCCACUUUGCAGUUCCGCAAGAUGGCGCCGAGGUGAGCGGUGAUGACGCCGACUACGAGGAUGGAGAUGGGGUGGAGGAGGGCGCGAUGGCCGCCCCCAAACUCUUGAAGAAUCCGAAACCCAGAUCCGGUUCCCUAAACGGCUCUAGGGCACGCUCACAGCCAACCAGCAAGCCCAAGGCAAUCAAGACGACCAAGCCGAAGAGCAAGAAGACCUCGGCAAAUCCAGUGCCUAUGACGCCCGCAUCCAUGCCUGCCUCCCGCAAGCAGUCGAUCGUAUCAACUUCGACCUACUCUGCGGCUCAUGGAGAGGAGGAACAGCCGGAUCUCUCUACCAAGCCACGCUGCCAACGGUGUCGCAAGAGCAAGAAGGGAUGUGACAGGCAACGACCUUGUGGCAGAUGCAAGGAUGCCGGCAUUCCCGCCGAGCAAUGCAUUAGCGAGGACGAGGGUAAUGGCCGGAAGGGCCGCUACGGUCGUCACAUGGGUGUUCCCGUUCCAGUGAACAAGGAGGAAGUGUCGGCUCCGGCAACAUUACUGCCGGCUGCCCUAAUCGCCCCCGCGGGGGGUCUGGGCUCGGCCCCAAAUUCAUCGGCACUCGAUAAGAGCAAGAAGCGCAAGAGGUGA